UGUAGACGCUAACGUUUGUGGAAGCGUGACGAAAUAUUUCAUGAAAUAGUGAAAUAGACUAUAUUUAAAUGGGUGAUUCCGAACAGCCCGAGAAAACGGGGGAAUCUGUUCCUGAUGCUGUUUGGCCAGAGAAUGGAGAUCAGUGGAGUGACCGAGGAGAUGAGGAAUCUGGGCUGUUACAGGAGAUGGCAGAAGAGGAUGAAGAGAUUGAUUUCUACAACGAGGAGACGUUUGGCUUAGAUGCCAACGUUGAAGAUCCAGAGGCUGACCCUACAGAUAUUCUUCUGUUGUGUGGUGACGACAGCAGCUCUCCAACACUGCAGUCAUCACCUCCACCACCUCCCAGCUCUCCUACCCCUCAAAGUUCCCCUUCACCCUCCAGAUCCGGACCUACCGUUCAGUCCCAUUUUUCAACAAGCCGGUCUCAGAGAGGAAGAGUCAGUCGUGGGCAGUUAUUUGAUGACCCAGCUGUGGUGAAGACUGUGGAGGGUCGCCCCAGCCUGAAGAGUAUUGAUAGCGCCAUUGUGGAUUGUAGCCUCAGCGCCUACUGGGAGGACCUUAAUUCAAAUACAUGGAUGAUUUCACCUUUGCAGCCCAACAGACCAUCUGCGUCAUCGAUACUUCAGGACCAGGCAAUUGUUGGCGUGAUUGACAGAUCAGCCCAUGGCAGGGUCCCACCCGUUUCUCCAAACUUCAUGUCUCCUCUUCGGCCUUUUUCCACUUGUCGGGGCAGGAGAGGCCAACCUUAUGUUGGGUCCUUCAACCAGAGAUGUCGUUAUGAGGCACCAUUAAGUCCCAUGAUGCCUAGCUCUCCUUUCCGUCCCCAAAGGCUUUUUACACCACAACAACAUUACAACCAGCCAGGAGGUUUCCUUUCACCUUCCCGUCCUCGUAUUUCUACCCCCAUGCCCCUCACUCCCAAACUCAUGCAUCUGCGAUUCGGAACAGACUCUCCCAGGCCUGCUCCGUUCUAUAGCCCAUCCCCUAAUAUUAUGCAGGGCUUUAGACCUCCAGGUCCUGUUGCUCAGUUCCACCCCCAGCACAAACGGCUUUUGAGUCAACGAAUGCAGAGACCACACAGGAAGCCAGUGACCUGGGACCCUUAUUCCCAUUUCAUGUCUGAUAAAGAGAAGGAAUGGAUAAUCAGAUUGCAGAUGAUCCAACUACAAAGUGAAAAUCCGCAUGAUGAUUACUAUUAUCAGGAAUACUAUCAGAGGAUGGAGGCAAAACUAGCUGAGGAGGAGAUGCUGGGCGACCGGUUAAAGAAGGAACCACCUAAACUCACAACCCCAUAUGUUACUAAACCUGAUCUGUACAUCCCAGUUGUGCACAUUGAAGGUUCAUUAGGACAGGUCGCAGUGUCAACAUGUUUCUCUCCAAGACGAGCAAUCGAUGCGGUUCAUGCGCACACACCUGAUGAGGAGCACAAAGACACUAGGCAGCAAAGGUUGGAAGUGUUGAGCACCCUUGAAAAGUUGUUUAUAGUUUUGUUAGAGGUGGAAGAAGCAGAGAAGCGAAAGGCAACUGUAUCCAACAAAGAGGAAGAAAGAAGAUUAAUUCAGAACACACAGAGGAAGGUGGAGCAGAUCUACGGCCGGCUACGCUGCCCUACUUUCUCGGAGUCAGGAGAAGAGUUUCUUUCUUGCCUACUUAUUUCUAAAGGAAAGAAAAUGUUGGCGAGACUCCUUCCCUUUCUGUCUCAUGAUGAUGCUUUAAAUAUUCUCGGCGUUGUGACCAAACACCUGCCGGUGUUAAUGAGCAGAGAUACAGAUGAGGACCUGCCGGUUUUGUAUCCGUCUUUCCGGACUGUGAUAAGUAGACUGACUUUCAGUCAGCUAAUCAGAAUUUUGAAAGAUUUUACUACAUCACUGCCUGACUCGAAAGAUACACGGUUAACACUGGCCUGCCAAAACAAGUUUGGUCUGACCUUGCUGUAUGCUUUGCUAUCACAAGGAGAAAGGCUUUUGUCUUCUGACCUUCCCAUGGAGCCCAGUAUUGGAGAUUUUGAAUCCUGGACAGACACAGUAUUCCAUGUAGCCCGGCAACUAUCCCAGACAACACUUGUCGAACCCCUUCUUCUACCCCCCAACCUGCUAACGCUCUUCUGUAGGUAUUUGGACAAGCGGACCGUUCAUCAACUCAAGAGCAAUAUGGAAUCUGCUACAGGUUAUCUGGCUGUAGCAUCAUAAUGGUGACCACUGACCCCAUGACCUCGCUACAUUGACCUGAAAUGCAGGGCUGGAUCUCUGCACAGAAGACGCCCAAUCAAGCUUUAUCUCUAUUCAUUAUCCUCAAACCUUAUUAUGUUUACUCAUUUUUAACCUGUAUUUAAACAUCAGUCCUUCCGUUAAGGUUUACCUUGCACACUGAGCCCUUUGGACGUUUUUCAUUCAUUAAAUUAGCAAAAAAAUGGCAAAUGUUUAGUUGUAAAUAAUAACCAUAUGAAGCAUUACAAGAAGUGUGUGGAUAAAGCUGAUCACAUUGGAUUUGUGGUCUGCAGGUAUUACAGAGCGGGUUGCUGGGGUUGCACUAAAGGUGUUGGGUUUAAUUUAAAAUUACAGUAUAAAAAAUCUUUGUUAUAAAAGUUUAACUAUGUAUUUAAUGUUUUGGGUGCUAAUUUCAAGUGUAAAUUUGUGAUGGAUAUUUGCAGUAUAUAGUUUCCUUUUGUCAUUUUUUUCCCCAUUUAAAGUAACCCAUGUUAAACCUGUAUUUUCACUGUCUCACAGCACUUGCAAA